AUGCCCGCCGCGCGCCUCCAAGCCCGCGCACCUGCUCCAGCCCGGGCCGCAGUCCCAGCUCCAGUCCCAGCCCCCGCCCCACCCCCUCCUGCCCCCGUCACAAAAGUCUCCCCAACCACAUCCACCUCCGCCUCCUCACCAACACUAUCCACCGGCUCGACCCCCGGUCCCUCCCGGCGCCCCGGCGCACCCGCGCCCGUCGCCGCCUUCGCCAUGCCCGGCAAAGACACGUCGUCGUCGUCAGGCAAGAUCUUUGCCAAGCCCAGCAAAGAGUGGGUGCUCCCCGAACGUGCAAAGCCCGGCCGCAAAGCGUCUACACAGGAACCCGAGAGCAAGCGGCAGAGCCAGAACCGCAUGAGCCAGCGUGCCCACCGCGCCCGCCGCACAGACUACAUCCAGACCCUGGAAGAGCGGCUGCGGCAGUACGAAGCCGACGAGAUCCACUCCAACGUGCGGCUGCAGGAGGUCGCGCGUGCUCUCAAAGCGGACAACGACAAGCUCAAAAGCGAAGUGAGUGCGCUGGGCUCGGCGCUGGCUGCCGCCCGCAAAGAGCGGGAGGCGUGGACGGCCGAGCGGCGCGCCCUCACGGACACGGUCCGGACGCUGCGCGCGCAGCUCGACGCCGCCGCGCGGCGGCCGAGUGCGACCGGGCCCUCGCCCCGUCUCGACGACCGCAUCGAGUACGAGCUCGCUGCGCUAGCGCGCUCGCCCGCGCCGACGCCUACGCUCUCCCCGCUCGCCGUGACGCCGCGGCACGCGGCCACGCCGCCGCUCGCGCGCGCGCCGCAGCCGGGCCUCGCCUGCCCCAUCUGCCCCGACCCCGAUCCCGACUGUCCGUGCCAGCGCCCGUCGUCGCCCGCCCUCCUCCCCGCCCCGGCGCGCGGCGCCGACCUCACUCUCCUGCAAGCGACGGGCAGUUUCGUCGUCGGCUCGCCGCGGUGCGGGCUAUGCGACCUCGCGCCCACCGCAUGCCUCUGCGCCCCAGAGGAAGACAUCAAGCCCGUGAUCCCCCGCUCGCCCUCGCCGCACGACACGGCCAUGGACUGCGGGCUGUGCACGAGCUCGUCGUUCUGCGCGUGCCGCGCCGGCGCGGCCGCGGCCGCGGCGCCCGACCCGCCCCUCGUCGCACAAGCGCAGAUCGCCGCCCCUGCGGUGCCGCUGCGCCUCCGCGCGCGCCCCGCUGCCAAACAGAGUGUGUGGAAACUCGACAACGUGCCCGCCGGCCAGAGCCGGUCCGAAGCCGUGUGUACCGGCGACCCGAGCAACUGCGAUGCGUGCCGCAACGACAGCUUUGGCCGCGAGUUCUGCGGGCACCUCUUCGGCGUGCCGGACGGCAAAGAGGCGUGUGCGGGGUGUGCGAACGGGCGCUGUGGCGGUGGCGGGGCCGAGAAAGCCGCGUCGCGCAGCAUGAGCAUCUCAUCGCUCAUGGACGGGCCUGUGCCCUCGAGCGCGCCCGCGACGCCGGGCGCCGCGCCGCUCGUCCUCGCGUGCUGCGGCGCGCCCGAGCUCUGCGGGCACGCCGCGGGCUGUGACCCGGCCGAGAGUAAGCCGGGGACGGAGAAGGACAAGGAGAGGGAGAGGGAGAGGGAGAGGGAGAAAGAGAUGAUCCGGCCCGAUGAGGCGUGGAAGCAGCUCAAGGCGCACCCGAACGCGCAGUUCACGCCGCUCGCCGUGCUCGCGGACGUGGUAGCGCGGCGGACCAAGUGCGAUGGGCCGCGCGUCGAGCUCUCCCCGCCGCCCGACGAGCGGCGGCUCGCGGACGCGCGCGCCACGCUUGCCGGCAAGCGCAUGGCGGUCGAGACGAGCGCGUUGCGCGACGCACUCAAGUAUCUCGACACGCACCCGACGCCGGGCAGCCCCGCCAAGCGCCGCCGCAUGCAGUAG